AGCAGCACCUACGCGGCGGUCGUGCCUGGAGCUCCAGAAGUGACGCCGGCCUUGUUCCCCUCCAUACUCCAGAACCAACAAUCUCAAUCUCUCUCCAAUCCGAAUCCUCUCUUCAACCCCGGAGAUUUGCCUUGCCUCUGCAUCUGCGCAAAUCUAAUCGAAUCAAUCUCUCUCCGGAAAUCCAGUUCUUCCAUCCCCUGCACCGUCAAACAGAGAUUGCCCCUCCACCAUGUCCCGCCGUUACGAUUCCCGAACCACCAUCUUCUCCCCCGAAGGCCGGCUGUACCAGGUCGAAUAUGCACUGGAAGCCAUUUCCCACGCCGGUACCGCCAUCGGCAUCCUCGCCAAGGAUGGAAUUGUGCUGGCGGCCGAGCGAAAGGUGACUUCAAAGCUGCUAGAGCAAGACACCUCAGCAGAGAAGCUCUACGUGCUAAACGACAACAUGAUUUGCGCAGUAGCAGGCAUGACCGCCGACGCCAACAUCCUCAUCAACUACGCCCGCCAGGCCGCCCAGCGAUACCUCCUCACCUACAACGAAGACAUCCCCUGCGAGCAGCUGGUGCGUAAGCUGUGCGAUCUGAAGCAGGGCUACACACAGCACGGUGGUCUGCGGCCGUUUGGCGUCUCCUUCAUCUACGCCGGCUGGGAUCCCCGGAGACAAUUCCAGCUGUACCUCAGCAAUCCCUCAGGAAACUACGGCGGGUGGAAGGCCACCAGCGCGGGCGCCAACAAUGCCAGUGCGCAGAGUCUGUUGAAGCAGGACUACAAGGAGGACUGCUCGCUUCAGGAGGCGUGCGGUGUAGCUGUCAAGGUUCUUAGCAAGACCAUGGACUCUACCAAGCUGAGCAGUGAAAAGAUCGAGUUUGCGACGGUGGGACAGACAGAGGAUGGCAAAAUCUACCACAGGCUGUGGAGCGCCGACGAGAUCACGGCGCUGCUAAAGGAGCAUGACUUGGCCAAGAGCGAGGACACGGAAGAGAAAUAAAUGAAUAGAGCGGGUGAAUGUUUUCAACAAGUAGACUGAGAAUGGGCGCUUAAUGACACAAAAAAGGACAAUGGCCCUUGUAACAAUACGACACGUCCCAAGAUGAGUUUGACUUAUUCAGGGAUUCCUGUGAUGUAAGCAUGCCGCAUUAUCCAAAAAGUAACAAGAAGAAAAGAAAAGAAAUCCUAUAUACUUUUGAUGGCCCCCUUUUCUCUUGGAGGGACACGACGGUAGAUGGCAGAGUUGCAGCUAUUUACAUAAAAGACAAGCUCUUC